AUGAAGACCGCCGUCGUGCUGCUGCUUGUGGCCGCCGUGGCGCUGGCCGCCGCCGCCGACCCGGCGGUGUCCGCCACGACCCCUGCCUCAAAGCCUGAUACGGCUGCCGCUGCCACCAAGCCGGCCCCCCCCGAGGCCACCCCCGCCGCGAAGCCUGCGACCGCCGCAGCUGCUGUGAAGCCUGCCACGGCUGCCACCGAGGUCAAGCCCGCUGCGUCCGCGGCGCCCGCCGCCAAGUCAGCCGCCGCUGCCCCUGCCGCCGCGGGCGCGGCCGCCGGCGCCGCCGCGGCCACCGCCGCCGCCGCGCCCAAGGCUGCUGACGCCAACGCCACUGCAGAGGGUGAUGAUCUGGCGUCCCUGGGCAUCGCCACCGACGGCGCCCUGGAUGCCUACGUGCCUAACACCGACGGCCUCGGCUCCGCUGUGACCCCCGGCCCUGCCGGCGGCGCCGCGCCGGACGCUGGUCCCUCCGCCGCCGCCGCCCCCGCCGCGGGCCCCGCUGGUGCGCCGGCCGCCGCCCCCGCCGCGUCGCCCAAGAGCAGCGCCGGCAAGGCGUCGGGCGUGGCGCUCAGCCUCCUCGCCGCGGGCGCGCUGGCGCUGGCUCUGUGA